CCAAUUAGGAUACAGCACUGUCUCUGAGGGUGGAGAUUCUUCUAAGGUUAACCACGGCGAGAGGCGGGCUUCGUUGACUGCUGCUGCCUGGCUUGUGUGUCCUACUGAAUGGUUCUCUCUGAACGUAGGGCACGUUAGAAAAGAGUCUGCAGAAUGUUGAAGUGUAGGGCGACGUGGCAGAAGCUGGCUCCACUGGCCAGGUCCUUCACUCCGUGGGGCCGAAAGCCCAACGUAUCAAAAUUCAAGGAUCCUUGCGGUGGUGUACCUAUAGCUCAGAUGUCUUCAAAUAUACCAGGUCGUAGCAGUGAAAACAUGAUUUAUUAUCUACUUGUAGGUGGGACGUUUGUUGGUUCUGGUAUAUAUGUAUAUAGACAUUUACAGGAGGAUAAAGCCCGAUUUAAUGAAAGAAUGGCUCUUGUUCUGAAACCUGUGAAUGAAAAACCAUUUACAGAUUCAUCAAUAUAUGACAAAUCUCCUGUGGCUAAGACAGAGGUAUCCCCAGUUGUAGAAGAACAGGGGCCUAAGCCCCCAGAAGAAAGUGCAGGUGCUGUCACUGAGGAAUUGCAAAAAGUGUCCACUGAAGAAGCCUUUAAAGAACAUGCAGAGAUUACCACAUCUUCUUCAGAACCCAUAUCAGUGGAAAAGAAUGAACAACCAGAAGGGGCUCAAGAAGCGACAGUUGUUCAGGCACGGCCUGAAAUACCUCCGCAUGCUCCUUACCUCCUUAUUGGUGGUGGUACAGCAUCUUUUGCAGCAGCAAGAUCCAUUCGAGCUAGAGAUCCAGGUGCAAGGGUACUUAUUGUCUCUGAAGAAGCAGUUCUGCCAUACAUGCGUCCACCACUUUCCAAAGAGCUCUGGUUCUCUGAUGAUCCAAAUGUGAAAGAGACAUUAAGAUUUAAGCAGUGGAAUGGAAAAGAAAGGAGUAUCUAUUUUCAACCACUUUCUUUCUACGUGAGCCCACAGGAUCUGCCUUACGUAGAAAAUGGAGGAGUAGCUGUACUUAAUGACAGAAAGGUUGUUCACAUGGAUGCCCGGGGAAACAAGGUGAGACUAGAUGAUGGCUCUGAAAUCUCAUAUGAAAAAUGCUUAAUAGCUACAGGUGGCACACCAAGGAAUUUGCCAUCUAUUGAAAGGGCUGGAGAGGAAGUGAAGAAAAGAACAACACUUUUCCGAAAGAUUGAAGAUUUUAAGUCUCUAGAAACUAUAUCCCGAGAUGUAAAAUCUGUCACUAUUAUUGGUGGAGGUUUCCUUGGAAGCGAAUUAGCUUGUGCUCUUGGAAGGAGAGCACAAGAAACUAGCCUUGAGGUCAACCAGAUAUUUCCGGAAAGGGGCAAUAUGGGGAAAAUAUUACCAGAGUACCUCAGCAACUGGACCACAGAGAAGGUCAAAAAAGAGGGUGUGAAUGUGAUGCCAGACUCCGUUGUAAAAUCAGUGAAUUAUGAAAAUGGAAGACUGUCAAUUAAACUAAAAGAUGGCAGAAUGGUGAAAACAGACCACAUUGUGGCAGCUGUUGGUUUAGAGCCAAAUGUUGAACUUGCGAAGUCAGGAGGCCUUGAAGUAGACUCUGAUUUUGGAGGGUUUCGGGUGAACUCAGAACUUCAGGCACGAUCAAACAUAUGGGUGGCUGGGGAUGCAGCUUGCUUUUAUGAUAUUAAACUGGGACGUCGGCGUGUUGAACAUCAUGACCAUGCUGUAGUCAGUGGCAGGCUAGCUGGAGAAAACAUGACUGGGGCAAGCAAACCAUACUGGCACCAGUCCAUGUUCUGGAGUGACCUUGGACCUUAUGUGGGUUAUGAAGCUAUUGGGAUUGUAGAUAGCAGUUUACCAACUGUGGGUGUUUUUGCUAAAGCAACAGCAAAAGACACACCAAAAGCAGCAACAGAGGAAUCAGGUACUGGUAUCCGAUCAGAAAGUGAGACUGAAGCAACAGCUUCUGGGGUUGGCAUUUCCACUAAGGCCGUGUCUACACUUAAUACACCUCAGCAGGGAGACGAUUAUGGAAAGGGUGUUAUUUUCUACCUAAGAGACAAAGUGAUCGUUGGUGUCAUACUCUGGAAUGUAUUUAACAGGAUGCCUAUAGCUAGAAAGAUCAUUAAGGAUGGAGAAGAACAUGCAGACCUGAACGAAGUAGCCAAGCUAUUCAAUAUACAUGACGACUGAAAACCAAUUAUAUUUAGCACUUAUGGACUAGUUUUUUAAUAUUGAUCUUUUUAUGUGACUUUAAACCACUCAAGAGAUGCUCUUAAAGACCAGAAGAGUGCACAUUUAUUUCCUCUGUAUUGUCCCAGCUUCAAUCAGUGAAUGUUUGUUAAAAUUGUGUUAAGACUGUAUGAUCUGCAAGUUCUAUGAAAAUAAAUGUAUAUUUGAGUAACAGCUGACAACUA